CGACAACUCUGCACAGUGAGGUAAGUACGAGAGGAUCAGUCAGACAGGUAGUCAGUGUGAGAUUUAGUGGAUGUGUCGGAGUGAGUGAACAAGACUGUGGAACUAUUGUAACAAUCAUGGAACGAACUUUGACGAAGAAGGAUCAGAAACAACUGAACAGAUGGUUAAACGCAAGGAAGGACUUUGAACUGCUGUACAAGGCCACCCGAGAUGGUUGUUCCAACACCGCCUUCCACCAGAAGUGUGACAACAAGGGGCCUACAGUCACAGUCUUCUAUAACACGUCGGACUGCGUGUUUGGUGGCUACACCUCGGUCAGCUGGGACUCUGCUGGUGCCUACAAGGUCGACCCGACAGCAUUCCUGUUCCGUUUGUACUUCAAAGGUUCCAGCAGCCCUAAACAAUACCCAGCAACAAACGGCACCAAUGCAAUUUACGGAAAUGCUAGCUAUGGCCCUACUUUUGGGACUGGUCAUGACAUUUACAGUUUCAAUGCGACUGUGGCCUUGAGCGGUGCAUCCUUCCCACUCAAUGGUUCUUUGGCUCCUGGGAACAGCUACGCCAUGGCGGGAGACAAUGCCGCAUCACUGGCCUGUUCCAGUCUCAACUGCUACGAUGUGGAAGUCUACAGUGUGAAAGAUGGAAGCAUUCUCAACGACGACCCAUGGAGACAACUGACAGAAUCUAAAUCAAAGGUUCUGAAAUCCGAGAUCGAAACAUAUUCACCCAUCGAUGGGGUGAAGGUAGGACGAGUCAACAUUCUACUGGUGGGGGCGGUAGGAGCCGGUAAGUCCAGCUACUUCAACACCAUGAACUCAAUCUUCAGAGGUCACGUGACUAGUCAAGCCUGUAGCGGAAGUGCCGAACACAGUCUUACGACGAAUUAUCGGAAGUACAAAGUCCGGUCCUCCGAGACGGGUAAACCACUUAAGUUCCGACUGUGUGACACACGAGGCCUAGAGGAAGAGCAAGGCCUGGACGCGACUGACAUGGUAGCCAUAUUGGAUGGCCACCUUCCUGACAAAUAUAUGUUUAACCCAGCUGUGUCAAUUUCGCUUGACACCCCAGGUUACAAUACGGCCCCUGUAACACAAGACAAGAUACACUGUGUGGCAUUCGUCAUGGAUGGCUGUUCCGUGGACGUUUUCUCGGACAAAAUUCUGCAGAAUAUGAAAGCAGUACAGCAGAAAGCAAACCAGAGAGGUAUACCACAAGUGGCCAUCUUGACCAAGGUGGAUAAGGCCUGUCCACAUGUUGAAGAGGAUCCGGGGACCCUGUUCUACAGCUCUGCAGUCAGUGAACUGGUGGAACAAGUGUCCCAACUCAUUGGUCUGCCCCGUGCCCACGUUCUGCCCGUGAAGAACUACGAGAAGGAAAUGGAGCUGGUGGAUAACGUGGAUGUUCCUGCUCUGAUCAGCCUCCGUCAGAUGCUAAGAUUCGCCGAUGACUAUCUCUACAACUUCCUGGAUGAGGAGGAAGAUUAGAAAGGGAACCAUACUGAUGCCAAUGAUCAACGCAGAUGUUCUGUACCUUUUCGUUGUAUAUGUUUUGGGUUCCUCAUUUUGUUCAUGGUUUCAAAAUAGCCUGUUUGAAAGGUGGUAGGCGUUUUCCGAUCAGACUGUUAAGAAAAUAUGAGAUAUUAUACCUUUUGCAUUUACACAUUACUCAUUUACUACAACAUUCAAAUUGUAAUCUUUGAUAAACAUAUGCAUAAAUUGUUGAUUUCAAUAAUUUUGACAUGCUUAGAAUCAUAUAAAACACGCUUAUGGAAGACAAUAAUCGUCAAACCUAAUCAUAAAUGAUAAAUCGUUCCUCUCCCCAAUAUAUAUCUAUAGUUAAAAAUGUUAAACGGCAUCGUAUCAGGUCAAGUCAAAACGAUAACAGAGAAGUAACUUUAUUCAGUAUAACAGUUGAGAACACAUUUUAAAGGCACUAUAUUUCACACCACACUUUUCUAAAAAUAUAUAAUCCAUUUCUCUCAGUAAUACUAACUAUCAGCCCCCGAGAAAGCUAGUAUAUAGUAUAUUCCAAAACAAAUUACGUAUUUAGAUUACAGUGUUAAAUUAAAACGUUCGAAUGAAUAAAUGCAACUUUGCAUUAAAUCGACUCUUGCGCCCUCUACCGGCCGGACAUUAUUUCAAGCGAACCCCAUAGAGUGAAAAAAAGAAGCGUUUUAUUUGUCAAGUCUGAAUCUCUUCCGUUGACGGACACAUUCAGCGAUUGGUUUGACAUGCUUGUACAUGAUCUGUGUGCGUUGUGGACAAGCGUGUUUUUGCGUCUAUAAACACAUUUUAUAUCCAUACAUGUGUCUCGAGCACUUAUACGUUCCUUUGGCAGAAACACUGUUUGCAAAUAUUUGAAACAUUUCCAUCUAUAUACAUAGCUAAAACAUUACUAAUAUGAUGUAAACUGUGGACGCAUUCACUGAUAGUAAAGUUCGUUAUUCAUCAUAUUGAACACUGAACGUGACCGAAAAACAUUGUGAAAGAAGACAAGCUGCAACUCCCUUUAUUUACUUUCCGUAUCUUAUAAGGUUACUCCAAUAUUUGUCAUAUCCAAGCUAACUAUUUUUUCGUUUGAAAACAUCCUAUGUAUGCAUCUUUCUCUUUUUAUAUUUUAUAAUUUAAAUGUGUUUUUAUUCCUUUUAUACAGUCAAUUCAUUUUUAACAAAUACCUUUACAAUGUAUGUAUAUUUAAUUAUCUUAUGUAUCACACCACACUUCUAUAACGGUAAAGUUCGUUAUUCAUCAUAUUGAACACUGAACGUAAACGAAAAAGAUUGUGAAAGAAGAACUCUGUUUUUUUACCUUCCUCAUCUCAUAAGGUCUACCCCAAUAUUUCUUAUAUCCUAGCUAACUAUUUUAUCGUUUGGUGACAUUCUAUGUAUGCAUCUUUAUGGUAUAUUUCCCUUUUAUAUUUUACAUUUUAAAUGUGUCUUAUGUCAUUUCGUUCUAUAUUGUCUAUCAUAACCCAUUUUUUGUGUGGCUUGCUGUACUUUUAAGUAACUUCUAUGUUUGUAUUUUAUAUUAAUUGGUGAGAGGUGAAUAAAAAAAUCUGUCUGUCUGCCUGUCUGUCUCUACGAUCGGGAAGGAUGGGGGUAAGAGGCUAGGGAGGGGGAUGUGGGAGGAACACACUGAGUUCAUAGACAUACUUCCAAUAACGAUGAGAAGUUUGCUAACGAUGAUGGGUGGUAAAUAUGCAAUGAUCAGAUGAAAAUGGAGAAUCCACGAAAUGUAUCAUAAACUAAUGUACGACAGUUGCCAACCUGUUACACACAGGAUAUUCAGGAGAAAUUCACCUCUCUUCUCGCGAUCGGGUGGUCAGGCUCGCUAACUUGGCUGACACAUGUCAUCAGUUCCCAAUUGCGCAGAUCGGUGAUCAUGCUGUUGAUGACUGGAUUGUCUGGUCCAGACUCAAUUAUUUACAAACCACCGCCUUAUAGCUGGAAUAUUGCUGAGUGCGGCGUAAAACUAAACUCACUCACUAUCCUCUCCUCUACUGGCAGAUUUGAAGAAUUGUUUAUAUUUCGUGGAAUCGUUGAUCCAUCGAACUGAGCAACCGAUCAAUUGGUUGCAAGACACGCAUGAGGGGAAUGAACUUUUUGGCAGAAUGAUACCUCAUUAUCAUUCCGUUUCAUUUUUAUGCUUUAAUAAUGAUAUUGGUUUGUUUGUGGUUUGCUAUGAAAUAUGGUUGGAAUGGGUAUUGAUGUUUGGCUCCAGAGGGGACUACAGUAUACGUACUUGUACUCAUAAAGUUCAGACAUCUCUACCUGUGGUUCGACUAUGACUGUCGAAUUUUUGGUGCAAAACGGAUGUGUAUGAUUUAAAUUGGAACGUGUUCCGACAAAUUAGCUAAACAUGACAUUGUUUUCAAUCUAACACAAAUAUAGAGAUGCUGAGCAUAACUGAUAAGAUGUUUUGGAUGGACACUUUUAUUCGAAAGUGGCGUUUUUUCGUUUGGCUUUUACCUGCCGUAUAUCUAUGACCCUUAGAGUGAUAUGAUUUUGAAUAGACCAUUAAGCUUCGGCAUUUUCCAUAUAUGGUCAGUGAGCGAGUGGGUUUAGUUUUACGCCACAAUCAACAAUAUUCCAGCAGUCUGUA